GCCCGGACUUUCCUCGCGCUUUUCCCAUUCAUGCAGUUUGGUUGAGUGUUGGUGUAUUUUUACUGUUUGCAAUAAAGAAGGGGGAAUAUUUUAUUUUUGAAUUUACAAAAAAAAAAAAAAAAAGGUUCAGGGUGGGGUUGUUUUAUUUUUUUGGGGGUGUGGGUUUUUUUUUUCUUUAGGGAGGGCUGCUGCGGCUGCAAUUCGCUGGUAGUGGUGUGUGUGUGUGUGUUUUUUUUUUUGAUACAGUUUUGCAAAGAAAGAAGAGACUUUUGUUUUUGUUUUGUUUUUUUAAAAAAACCCAAACAAACCCAACCAACCAGCCAACCAAAAUCAGGCUUUUUCUUUUAAAAAAAGCGGGUUUGUUUUGCGCGCGGUUGCUUUGGAUUUUUUUUUUUGUUGUUUCUUCUUUUCCCCCCCUCCCUUUCAUCUUUUUUUUUUUUUUGCAUUUUGCUUCGAGGGGAGGGCGACCAGCCUUGCCCUCCUCCCCCUUUGCAAAGAUCCGCAUCUCUUUCUGAUCCGCAACCAACUGUUCCAAAAGGCUCAACUAUGCCCAAAAGAAAGGCUGCAGCUGAAGGUGAAAUAAAGGAGGAGCCAAAGAGACGAUCGGCUAGACUGUCUGCUGUGAGUAAGCCUGCUCCACCCAAACCAGAGCCAAAGCCGAAAAAGGCGCCGCCGAAGCAGAAAGAAAAAGGAGGAAAUGACAAGAAAGAUGAUAAAAAGGUAGCGACAAAAGGGAAGAAAGGAGCCAAAGGAAAAGACGAAACUAAGCAAGAAGAUGCUAAAGAAGAAAACCACUCUGAGAAUGGAGAUACCAAAACUAACGAGGCACCAGCUGCUGAAGUAUCUGAUGUCAAGGAAGCCAAGUCCGAGUAACAGAUUAAGCCCUCUUCAUUUCCAUCAUUUGGUAUUCGUACCUCCAUACUGUAUUGUUAAGAGAGGAAUAUUUUUAUCAACUAUUUUAUAAAUGCAGGUUUUUUUAGCAUGAAUUUAAUCAUGGAACAUCUUCAUCUCGGUUACUUGGACUUCAAAACCAACCAACCAACAAAAGAAAAAAAAAUCAUUGUUUUUAAAAUUUUUGUGAUUGUCAUAGUUUGUAUGGUACCCGGAAAGAAUCAGUGGUGGUAGCUAUUGACUUCUAUCAGUAUAUAAUCCCUUUGUGUGUCAGUCAUACGGAAUUCAGAUUUUAAUUUUACCCUUGUUGCGUGUUGUAUGGUUUCUUAACGUGGGGAGGUCUAAAACAAAAAUAUACACACACACACACAUAAAAAAAAACCACAAUUGCGUCAGACAUUCCGGUGGUUCUAUGACUUGCUUUUAUAAAGAAGGUGAGAUAUUUUCAUGAAAAAUCUUAAGAAGCUGGAAACUUGUUGUAUCCCAAAUGUAGUUUUAUUUUGUCACAUUUUGGAGAAUAAUAUUAAAAUAUGUAAUCAUGUUUUUAAAUGAAAUACAAAAAAAAAAAACUUUUAAAAAAGAGAAGGACAGGUUUGACUGAAUAUACCCACUGUUAGGAAUUUUGCUGGAUUUAUCUUAAUAAAAUGUCUCCUCAAAAGA